AUGCAAACCCCCAUCCCACUCACUCAGAAAGCCGCCGUUCUAGAGGAUUAUGACAAGGACAUUGUGAUCAAAAUUGAUCACCCCGUGGUUCAGCCCUCCGAGCUCAAGCCCAAUGAAUGCCUAAUCAAGCUCGAAUACUCAGGCGUCUGCCACUCCGACUUGCACAUCAGGAAGGCAGAUUGGUCCAGGAAGUCUAUACUACCUCUUGUUGGUGGACAUGAAGGUAUUGGCCGCAUUGUGGCAAUUGGUGACCAUAGUCACGCGGGCGGCGCGAAGAUUGGCGAUAGGGUUGGGGUGAAAUGGAUAGGUGGGGUAUGUGGGAGGUGUGAGAUGUGCCGCAAAGGACAUGAAUCUUGUGAGCCAAAUCCAUUGCAUGGAACAUUCCAAGAAUACGUCGUAUCUUUCGUCGAUUAUGUCACUCCAAUUCCUGAGGGACUGGACGGUGCUUCUGGUACUCCCAUUCUUUGCGCGGGUAUGACGGUCUACAAAGCUUUGAAGCAGUCGAAAUGCAGCAUUGGCCAAUGGGUCGCCAUAUCCGGUGCGGGAGGAGGCUUGGGUCAUUUGGCUGUUCAGUAUGCCGCUGCUAUGGGUCUGCGAGUUCUCGCCAUCGACACUGGCGAGGCCAAGAGGGAAAUGGUCCUCAAACUAGGCGCAGAGAAAUGGGUUGAUUUCAAGGAGAGUGAAGACCUUAUCAAGGAUGUAAAGGCCGCAACGGAUGGUGGUCCCCAGGCGGCAAUUAUUGCAGCAGGAGAUGCACGGCCUUUCAAUCAAGCCAUAAUGUAUCUGCGCUCAACUGGCAUACUCGUUGCUGUCGGAAUGCCUGCAGGAGCUGGCCUCUUGAACAGCUUGACAAUUGUAGGCUCGGCUAUUGGGAGCCAGCAGGAUGCUGCGGAAGCCCUCGAAAUUGCAGCGCUCGGAAAGGUUAAAUGUCAAUAUGAAGUCAGGAAGUUGGAAGACAUCAAUCAAAUUUUCUCAGAUUUGGAAGAAGGAAAGGUGGCAGGAAGGAUUGUCAUUAAGCUGUAA